AUGGAUAAGACUGAGUCGGUUCCAGUGCCACCGGAUGAGCUUCGCUGCCAUAGACGCGACGGCAAAGGAUUGCGUUGCCAUGGAUGGAGACUACAUGAGAAGCCCCUCUGUCAGUCUCACUUCCUCAACGGUACCAGCAGUGUUGAACUUGAAAUGCAAGUGAAUCAAGGGGGCAAUUUGGCAUGCCAAGAAAAAUCAGAUCAUGAAGAGAUCAACAACAAUGGCGAAACAGGUACCAGCAAUGUUGAAGCUGAAAUGCAAGUGAAUGUAGAGGAAAAGUUUGAAUGCAAAGAGAACAAUGAUGUUGAAAUUGAGUCAAUUGGAAGGAGGACAAGAAGCAAGCUACGGAGAACAGACGAGCAAUAUAAACAAGCAAAGGUGAAGUCAAAUAGGUGCCAUCAAUGCCACCAAAUUUCUAAGAGGGUGGUGGAAUGCCAAAAAUGCCAAGGAAAACGUUAUUGUGUCACUUGCAUUUCAAAAUGGUACCCAAAAAUGUCAGAGAACGAUAUGGAAGAUGCUUGCCCAUUUUGUCGUGAAAACUGCAAUUGUACUGCAUGUUUGCGUAGGACUAGAACAGGUACCGGAAAUAUUUAUAUGCCAACCAAUGAGAAGGAAAAGUCUCAACAUUUGAUGUAUUUAGUGCAUCUACUAUAUCCAUUCUUCAAAAAGUUUUACCGUGAGCAAAUGACAGAAAAAGAGGUAGAGGCCAAAAAUAGAGGGUUAGAACUGUCAGAGAUAAAAAUACAACAAGCUAUGUGUAAGAAUGAUGAGCGUUUAUAUUGCAACAAUUGCAAAACCUCCAUAGCUGACUACCACAGGAGCUGCCCGAAAUGCUCAUAUGAUUUAUGUCUUUCUUGUUGCCAAGAAAUUCGCAAUGGUUAUUUGCAAGGCGGACAUAAAAUGAGCACGAAGCAUGUCAACCGGGGGAAAGAUUAUUUACAUGGAGGGGAACCUGUUUUGCUCCCUUUAGUUAAGAAAAAGCCUUCUAAUGACCAAACUAGGCUUAUCUCAAGGAAACGUAAGAGACUUAUAGCUGAAUGGAAAGUAAAUGAAAAUGGUGACAUCCCUUGUCCGCUGGAAAAGUUGGGUGGUUGUGGAUAUGAGCGACUGGAGUUGAAAUGUUUAUUUUCAAAUAGAUGGCUCUCAAAGUUGAAGAAAAAAGUUAAAAAAUUGAUGAAAAUUCAUAAACUGACAGAUGAACUACAAAGUUCUAAGAAUAGUAGUUUAGGCUCGACUUUGGGUGGUGAGAUUGAUUCAUGUAACAAGAAAUUAAGGAAAGCAGCUUCUCGGGAAGGUUCUGUUGCUAAUUUUUUGUACUGCCCUUCAGUUGAUGAUAUCCAACAACAAGGAUUAGAGCAUUUUAAGUACCAUUGGGUUAGAGGAGAGCCAAUUAUUGUUACAAAUUCUUUGGAAUUGACUUCUGGCUUGAGUUGGGAGCCAAUGGUAAUGUCACGUAUAUUUUGUGUUAUAUUACAUGCUAAAGGCUCCUCAAAUAAGGUACUUAAAGCCAUUGAUUGUCUUGACGGGUGUAAGGUAGAAAUAAAUAUUCACCAAUUUUUCAAAGGUUACUUGGAGGGUCGUGCUCACUUAAACUCUUGGCCACAAAUCCUCAAACUCAAAGAUUGGCCACCAUCUAACCAUUUUGAGAAGUCUUUACCACGCCACAGUGCAGAAUUUUUAAGGGCCUUGCCAUAUGUUGAAUAUACACAUCCUUAUUUGGGCAUUCUCAAUAUUGCAACAAAUCUACCUUCAGAUAUGUUGAAACUAGAUUUAGGGCCAAAAUCUUAUAUAGCAUACGGAUUUCGUGAAGAGCUUGGACGUGGAGACUCUGUGAGCAAGCUUCAUUGUGACAUUACAGAUGCGGUGAAUAUUUUGAUGCAUACAGCGGAUGUGACCCCUAGUUCUGAACAGCUUACUAAAAUAGAAAAUUUGAAGAAGAUGCAUGAUGCUCAAAACCAAAAAGAGUUUUUAGAACUUGAGCAUGGAAGACAACAAAUAUAUGAGGAGUGUCCCUCAAAAUCUGAAGAAAAGUUAAGGUUAGAGUUGUAUGACCCUUUAUCAAUGGAUGCAUCAGACGGUAGUGCUCUUUGGGAUAUUUUUCGGCGGGAAGAUGUUCCCAAACUUGACAAAUAUCUUAGGCUUCAUCACAAGGAAUUUAGGGAUGUUUAUUGCUCUCCAGUAGAUCAGGUUGUGCACCCGAUUCAUGAUCAAACUUUCUACUUAACGAUGCAUCAUAAGAGAAAGCUCAAAGAGGAAUUUGGUGUAGAGCCUUGGAGUUUUGUUCAGAAACUUGGAGAGGCAGUCCUUAUCCCAGCUGGAUGUCCCCAUCAAGUGAGAAAUCUUAAGUCUUGUAUAAAAGUUGCACUUGACUUUGUUUCUCCUGAAAAUAUUGAAGAAUGCAUCCGUCUCACUGAAGAGUUUCGCACUCUUCCAAGGAAGCAUAAGAGUAAGAAGGACAAACUUGAGGUGAAGAAAAUGUGUAUUUAUGCAUUAAAUCAUGCUGUAAAAGAAUUGAAGAAACUUAAUGGCUGACUUACCGACUUCAUGUGUCAAUCGACCUCAUUUUUGGGAUGAUGAAGCUUUAUCUAA